CUAAAGUUCGUUUUUUUUGGGUUCUUCUCCGUGAUUCUAGGGUUUUUCAAUUUCUCGCCGGCGUAAAGGAAUUUUAGGGUUUUCGUGUUGGUUGUCUUUGAUUCAUGGCUUGAGCUUAGAUGCAAAGGUUUUAAGUUGCUUUUGGUGUGAAGGAAGUAGACCAAAGGCAUAAUGCUAGGUUCUGGUAACAGUUUGAGCAGGGGUACUAUAGGAUUGUCAUCUGAUACCCCUAAUUUAUCUCAAGUUUUAGCAUUGGAACCGAUUAGAUUAGGGAAUCAGAACUAUACUCGUUCAGGAGAGCUUAGAAGGGUUCUCGGUGUUCCUAGUAGGGCUUCAUCGGAAGAGAAUUCUUUUGGGAUGUCUCAUCCCAGACCUUCUCCUCCUGUAGCAACUGAGGAGCUCAAGCAUUUCAAAGAAAGUGUUCUAGAUACUUCCAGAGAGGCUGGGGAUCUAGCAAAGAAACUAAGUGAAAACAUAUUCAAGUUGGACAAAUACGCGGAGACAAUAAGUUCAAAGAAACGAAGGCGAAAUGAUAUACCACCUGGUGAGAGAAUGGACGCAGCAAACUUUGAUAAGGUCAGAAACCAGGUUCCAAGAACACCAGACAGUAUGGCUCAAAGAUCCGAGGAAAGGAAAAAGAUGCUUGGAUUAAACAAGCGUGCUCGUACGACCGUCGCAGAUGUGCGGGGGGAUGCUAGAAUUUCGGCUCUUGCAAGGCAGCAGGUUAUUGAAAAGGGCUCUGAUUCACCUCCAAGUGUUUCUGGAGAACCAAUGCGAAUAGAAGAGAAGAUACGCAGAUUACCUGUUGGUGGUGAAGUAUGGGAGACAAGAAUGAAAAGGAAACGGUCUGUUGCUACCCUAGGCAACAGAAUUAUGAAUCCUGAUCAACGUGUCAUGCAGCCAAAGCCAACAGCUGACUCUAAGUUGCGUUCUUGUGACAGCCAAAAUUUCAGGUCAAAAUCUUCACCCGGGGUGAGUGGGAUUAACAGACUUGAUGCUUCGUUUGAGCCAGACAGUCCAGGUAUGGGUGCAUUAUCCAGGAAUGAGUUGGAGACUGUUUCCAUUGCAAGGGAUCGGUCAGUGCUUGCCGAGCAGAGGCUAGCCAAGGGAAAUAAUAAGAGAAACUUACUGGAUGAUAGCCCCACAAACAGCUCUACUGCAAUAUUGAAAGGAAAGGUUUCUAGGGCUCCAAGAACAGCAGCCAUUAUGGGUGUUGAUUCUUCAUCCAAAGUUGAUUCCCCAUCCGGUGUAUUACAAGGUUCAUCUGCACAUGCAAUGGCUCAAUGGGUUGGCCAGAGACCGCAUAAGAAUUCUCGAACAAGGAGAACAAAUGUAGUUUCUCCUGUGAUAAAGCAUGCUGAAAGCAAGGUCUCAGCUCAAGGUUUCGCAACAUCUGAUUUUAGUCCUAGAGCAUCCCCUGGGGCCACUGCGUCACUCUCAGUUGUUGAUAGUAGCCCUUUAAAAAUGAAAAGGGAGUUGAGGAAUGCUUCAUCGCCAUAUGGGUUAUCUGAAAGUGAGGACUCAGGAGCUGGAGACAACAAAACAAGAGAGCGUGCUUUUGCAAGUGGUGACUUGUUCACAACUCCUAAAUCAGGGUCGCUAUUACUUCCGCUAAGGAAGAAUAAGAUUCAAACCAGUCAUAAAGGAGGUGGCGCAUGGAAGCAAGGAAAGAGCGAAAGUGUCUCGUCGUUGACAACUCCUGGCUUUCAUCCUAUCAUGAAUAAGUCGGAGAAUUUAUCAGUAGAGAAGCCUCUUCACAAUGUCAAGAUUGCUUCAGAUAAGAAUAGAAGCAAAUAUGGGCGUCCACCUGCGAAAAAGGUUAAAGAUCGUAAACCUGCAACUCGGCUUGCCUCAAAUGCAAAUACUCCUUCAGAUAUUACAGGUGAAUCUGAUGAUGAUCGUGAAGAUAUUUUUGCUGCAGCAAAUUCAGCACGGAAGGCAGCAAAUCUUGCUUGUUCUGGUAAGUUUUGGAAGAAGAUGGACCCCAUCUUUGCUGCCGUCAAUGCAGACGACAUGCAAAACAUGAAAGAUCAGCUUAUUUUUGCGGAAGAGCUCGAUGCAUCUCUGUCAGAGGCAAUCUUAGAUGGUUAUAGCAUCUUGGGUGUUAAAUUGCCCAAAGCACUACAUCGCCCUGGUGAGGGAAUUGUUGACUAUUCAGGUCCAACCUCAUCAUGUGUAUCUGGUCUUUCAUUUGAGAGAUUGGACAUGAGAAAAUUGAAUGAGAGUACUCCGUUGUAUAAGAGGGUACUUUCUGCUUUAAUUGAGGAAGAUGAUGGAGAAGAAGUUGUACAAUUCAAUGGAGGGAAGAAUCUGUCUCUUCAUUAUGCCAGUGACGAUUCUCACUGUGGUUCAUGUACCUAUAUUGACACCGAGUUCAGAGAGAGAGACAGAAUGGAAUUUGAAGUAGAGUCAAGUGGGGAUUUUCAGACCCCUAAGAGUUGUUUGCUUGACAGAUUUUCCAGUGAGAGGAGUGUUGUGUCUAACCCAUUCAGAAAUGGUGGCAUGUCCAUAUCUGUCCAUAGCAAUGAACAGUGGAUUGGGGAUGAUGAUCUUUCACAUUCAGAAGCUGCACUCGGCAAUGAGACAUAUUUAAAUAGUCUGGGUCAAUUGCAAGCUAGGGAAGUGAACAUUCCCAACGUCCCAGUAUCUGACACCCAGUAUCAGCUUAUGUCUUUGGAUGAGCGACUUCUUCUGGAACUACAGAGCAUUGGUGUGUUUCCUGAGGCAAUGCCUGAUCUGGCUGAAGACACUAUGAGCACUGAUGUUAUGGAGUUGAAGGAAGGCAUUUAUCAGCAGAUCCUAAACAAGAAGAAAAAGCUGGAGAAGCUUAAUAUUACUAUCCAGAAAGAGAAAGAUAUUGAGAAAAGGAAAAUUGAGCAUCUUGCUAUGGACCAGCUUGUGGAAACAGCGCACAAGAAAAGAAUGGCAUGCCGCGGAAGUAAAGCAGCCAAAGUCAACAAGGUCACUAGACAAGUGGCGCUGGCGUUCAUCAGGCGGACAGUUGCUAGGUGUCGUAAGUUCGAAGAAACUGGGUUUAGCUGUUUUGCUGAUCCCGCACUUCAAGACAUCUUGUUUAGUUCUCCCAGCAACGAUGCAAAAUCAUCAGAAAAUGGCGGCUCUGGAACAGCCAGUAACACGCUCAAUGAACCUUCUAAUCAUCAGGCUGAGGCCAAGGGUUCAGGUGCAGUGUCUAGUACAAAGAGGAGAGAAGCAUUGAUAGAUGAUGUUAUUGGAUGCGCUUCAUCCAAAGUCACAACGUGCAUAGACAGCGCCGUUCCUAGUGGAGGAGGGGCUCAAGGACCAGCAAGCAGAGGUGCCUCGAACCGAGGAGGUACCUCUGGAGAUGGUGCAGUCGACGAGGAAGCUCCCAUAGAUUUCUCGAAAUUAGCAUUCCGUGAUCUAGAGGAAAUAGAUGAACAGGCAGAUAUUGGAGACUGGUUCGAAGGUCUUCAAGAUAUUGAUACAGCAGGGCUUGAUGAGAAGUUUGAGUUUUUUGAAUGGUGUAGUAAGCUUCAGAGUGAAGCCGUAAGAGAGGCAAUAUCCGCCAUUAUCACUCACUGUAAGGAGACUAAGCCACGCAAGUUCACUGAGACUAUUGAACUCCAGAUUGGUCUUAAGAACUAUGACCCUCAAAAGGACAAGAGAUUUAGCGGAUCCGUGAAAUUGCCUCACGUUCCUAGGCCAAAGAUGAAGAUUUGCAUGCUUGGAGAUGCCCAACACGUCGAAGAGGCUGAGAAGAUUGGAUUGGAAUCUAUGGAUGUUGAAGCUCUUAAGAAGUUGAACAAGAACAAGAAACUUGUCAAGAAGCUCGCUAAGAAAUUCCAUGCUUUCCUUGCUUCUGAAUCUGUCAUUAAGCAGAUUCCUCGUCUUCUUGGUCCCGGUCUCAACAAGGCAGGAAAGUUCCCAACUCUUGUCAGCCACCAAGAGUCUUUGGAAUCCAAAGUGAAUGAGACAAAGGCAACAGUGAAGUUCCAGCUCAAGAAGGUUCUUUGUAUGGGUGUUGCUGUCGGGAAUCUUUCCAUGGAAGAGAAGCAGAUCUUUCAGAAUGUUCAGAUGAGUGUCAACUUCCUUGUUUCACUUUUGAAGAAAAACUGGCAAAAUGUGAGGUGCUUGUACUUGAAGAGCACAAUGGGUCCACCAAACCGAGUCUUCUAAGGUUUUUAUUACAAAGUUUCUCUAAGAUAUCAUCACACUCUGAGGAAAUUUGAUUUUCUUUUUCUGUCAUGAGCCUUCUUCUUCUUCUUCAUGGGUUAAACUUGAAAUUCCAGUAUCCUGACUUUUGUAGGAUCGAGAUUUUGUUUAAAGACAAUUUUGUUUCUUUUGUUGCUAUUAUUAUUAGUGGAUUCUUUCUCCAUUUAAGCACUCAAGUUUUGCUAUCGUUGUUAUCAUCAAUAUCGUUUAAGUUUGUCUUUUUGACUCUUGUCCUAAUGUUUCUCAAAUCAAACCAAAUACGACUU